CUAACGCGCCAGUUUCGUCUCCUCCUCCUCAUCCGUUACAUAACGGGACUCCCAGACACCCAGUGGACGCCGAAGUUUCAAGACUGUUUGGCCCCUACAUGGGAGGGAGGAGGACGGCAGGGCGGCAAACCCUUUCUGGUCCUGCACACCUGCAUUCUUAUACCCAUUUAUUCUGUUGCCUUGAGGACAAGAAUGCAGCCUUAGUCCCCAACCGAUACGCCAAAGAAAGACUCGCUGCUGCUGGCUUAGGGGAAAAACGGCUCACAUUUAAAGGCAGCCAUACAGAUUCAAAUGAAUUCCUCGAAUUCUUGAUGGAUGCCUAUCCAAAACUGCGGAACGGUGGCGGUUUCGAGUUGCUAAAAAUAUCUGGCACUACGAGAAGUCGCCACUUGAUUGUGAUCCCCUGUCCCAAUGAGGGUUACUAUGUCAGAUAUUUGAAGGACCCUCAGACCCAGAUUGGCCAUUCUACGGUUUUCAUUAGACCAAUGCAAAGAACCCUGAAUUUGGACCCUGCAUGUCGAUCAGAAGGCGACAACGUGUUAAUUGGACCAAAUCAGAAAUGUGUCAUCUGUGGAGAGGAGUUCCCCUUUUCCAGAAUGAAGGAUCACAGCAAUAACUGCACGAGGAGAUCCAGCCAUUGGUGAUGGUGUGACUCGGCAUUUCUUUGCAACCAUCAUGUCAAAACUUCAGGCUGGUUUUGAGAUGAAGUUUGUGCCUGGAGGAACUCUUCUUUUUGAAGGAGAACAAGAUCAUCUGAUUCCCUCCACUUCUCAUCUCCUUUUGGAGAGUGACUUCUUUGUUGUUGCUGGCCGAAUGAUUGGACAUUCAUUCCUCCAUGAUGGGCCAUGGUGGACUGAGCCCAGCUGUCCUGCAUGUGCUCUUUGGUGGAUCCCCGGAAGAAGCCACAAUAGAUAUUAAGGACUGUGUUGACCUUGAUAUCUGUGAGACAAUCAAGUUGCUGGAGGGAACAGCAGAGUUAUCAUCAGAAGAAAAAAAGCUCAUCAAUGAGUUGGCACUGUCCUGGGAUUUGCCUCUAGUCACAUGUGACAACAGGAGAUGGCUAUUUGAUAAACUGAUCCUCCAUGCUGUCCUUGGAAGAACCUCCAGACAAGUCAAGCAGUUACGAAGGGGUUUAAAAGAGACACUGAUCUGGCCUCUGCUGACGGAGAGGAAAGACGCGAUUCCCCUUCUCUUUCCAAGAGCGUCUGAUUUGCAGUGCACACCACGGAUGGUGUUGGAGAAGAUAAACUGGCCCACACAGGAUGAGGAUGAAGACAGUGAAGUCUCUUUGGAGGAUUCCUGUAGGCUCACAGGAUUCCUGCGCACAUUUAUUGAGAUGGCAUCUCCCGUUAUCCUUGGGAAACUUGUGCAGUUCUGGAUAGGAUGGAAUGUGCUUCCUAGACAUGGCCUGGAUGUGACCGUGGUGGAGAGCAACUUCCCCAGCUCUUCCACAUGCUUUCACCAGCUGAAACUUCCAGGACAUUACAAAGAGUACUGUAUGUUUGAAAGGGACAUUCUUGCUGCUAUUUGGAGCACUGAAACUGGGUUCGGGAUGGUCUGAAGAGACGGA